UUUCUUUUAGAUCUUUCCAAGGCGAAGGCAUUCCUCUUCCAUAAUGUUUCGAUACCUCUCACUGUUCCUCCUCCAGUUUAUUCUACUUCUGGUAAGGGCGAUGGACUCGGUAAAUCUGCAGUGAAUACGCGGAUUAAACGCGGCUUAUCUUCCCGCCACCAUCACUCGUCGAAGUUAUCAAUAAAAGACCUUGCUCUCGAGUUGGCAAAGAAACACUUGCUCAAGAUGAUCCUUGAUGAGCAACAUGAUUUAGAUAAAGCAAAAGAGAAUGUUUACAUCCUGGAAAGAGACAGGUGCACAAACAUCAAAUCUGUUGGAAAACCUAUCACUCACAACACUCGGUAUUAUACACAAGGAGCUUGGAUGAAAGACCCACUAGGAAUCAUGGGUGCUGAGACCAUAUUUACCAUGGAAAAUUAUUUCGCAAAUGUUAUCCAAGCGUUUGAAAACAUGGAAAAGUUCAAGGCUGGUGUGGUUCACAAGACUUAUUCUCUGCCUUAUUACUUUGAUGGAACUGGAGCAGUAGUGUACGGACCCUACCUCUACUACAACAGAGCCAAUUCAGCUUAUAUUAUCAAGUACAAUCUUCUCACAGAGCGUAUGGAGGCUCAAAUUACUGUUAGCGGCUUUUCAGCGCGAAAGAACCACUAUCGAUGGGGCGGAUAUACUGGAAUGGACUUAGCAGUUGACGAGCAAGGACUGUGGGCUCUUUGGGGAGAUAAUGGAAACAGCUAUCGUUUGUACGCAUCAAAAAUAGAUGUGCGUAAAAACGUAGUCACCCACACCUGGAGCUUGAGUACAGAGAGGAUGUCCUAUAUGGGAAAUGCUUUUGUGGCCUGUGGAGUGAUUUACUGUAUUAACGAAUACAGCAGCAAAACCACUACCAUCAACUUUGCUUAUGACACCAAGACAGGGAAACAGUGGAUUCCCAACAUACAGUUCACAAACCAGUAUGGUUACAACUCCAUGGUGGACUACAACCCCAGGGAAAGAGUGCUGUACGCUUGGGACAACAAACGUCUUGUUACUUACCCUCUCACCUUUGAGGAACAGUAAAUUGGUGCAAAACUUAAAGGGAAAACAAAACCAAGCGAUGGAUGUGAAACUUUUUGAUUGAUUUACUGCUUUGUAGAUGCACUUGCGAACGAAAUAAGCUAACAUUACAAUUGGCAUUUUUACAUACUGAUCAGUCUUGCAGACUCAAAGCCUUAACUCAGCCGUUUUGUCUCCUGAUGGCUCGAGUGCAGAUUUUUUAACCGAGAUUAUUUUUCAACUUGCUUCAAUCAUUUCAGCUGCGAUUGUAAGACUUUAAUCAAGGGUUUUAAAUUCUGAAAAAGUGCUCUUUGUAAUCAAAAGUUGUGAAAAAGGAAGAGUUGAAUUGACUAAACUUUCUGUCACUUUUGAUUCAACUUUAAAAUUGCUGUUAGUGCUUGAAAAAUAAAAUGUGGGAAAUAGCAUAAUAGACGUGAUUGUCUCAUUUAUUUGAAGUACAAAUUUCAAACUCGAUUUAAUUGUUUUCACCAGCAGAGGCGUUGGUGAUGAUACUGGUCUUUAAGUCAUUUUUUAUUUUUAUGACUAGACGCAUAUUUGCGUUCACCCGGGCUUUCCGUUGGAAAUAAACUCUGUUUUUUGUGCUUGCA